AUGGACUGCCGCGGGAUUCGCGUGAAGCGCACCAGCAGCCUCUGGGAGACGAAACCCAUGUACGUGAUGGAUCAGGGCCAGUUCAUCAAUGGCGUGUGCGAGGUUGAGACGGACCUCGAGCCCCUGGCCUUGCUGGACCAACUUCAGGCGAUUGAAAAUGCCAUGGGCCGCCACAAGGUCAUCGACAAGGGACCCCGCAACAUUGAUCUGGACGUCCUGCUGUACGGGGAUCAGAAAGUUGACCACGACAGGCUCAAGGUCCCCCAUAUCGGCAUCCCUGAACGCGAGUUCGUCCUGAGGCCGUUGGCCGAGUUAAUUCCCUCAAGGCCACUUGACUCGUCUAGGCCGUGGAAGCUCGUGCAGGAUUACCUCAACGAGCUGCCGGCACGGGAGCCACUCUCGCCCGUCAUCCCGCUGCGGACCACAUCCCCUGCGCUCACGCCACUGGUACACAACCGCAAGACCCAUGUCAUGGCCAUCCUCAACCUGACGCCAGACUCCUUCUCUGAUGGAGGACGCCACAGCUUGGAGAACCUGUCGGGAACGAUAGUCGACAUUGUCCGUAGCGGGGCCACCAUCAUUGAUGUUGGUGGCCAGUCAACCGCUCCCGGCCGCCCAGAGGUAACGGCUGAAGAGGAGGCGGCUCGAAUCGUCCCUGCCGUCGAGCUCAUCCGAUCCCUGCCCGAGGCGCGUGACAUGGCCAUCAGCGUCGACACCUACCGUGCGCGCGUCGCAGAGAUGGCUGUCGCCAGUGGAGCCGACAUCAUCAAUGAUGUCUCGGCUGGAAUGCUGGACCCGGACAUGCUGCCGACUGCUGCCCGACUGGGCGCGACCAUUUGUUUGAUGCACAUGCGGGGAACACCAAGGUCCAUGGUGGACCUCACCUCAUAUCCGGACGGUCUCAUCCCUACAGUGGCCAAGGAGCUCCUGGACCGCGUUGCUGCCGCCGAGGAAGCAGGUAUCCGGCGGUGGCGGAUGAUUCUUGAUCCUGGCAUUGGUUUCGCCAAGACGGGUGCGCAAAAUCUUGAGCUGCUGCGGAGUCUGGCAGAGCUGAGAUGCUGGCCUGGCCUGGAAGGGUUGCCCUGGCUCGUGGGCGCAAGUCGAAAGUCUUUCGUGGGCAAGGCGACGGGAGUGACAGAGCCGUCUGAGCGGAUUUGGGGAACGGCUGCGACAGUGGCGGCUGCCGUGCAAGGAGGAGCCGACGUGGUCCGCGUGCAUGACGCACGAGAGAUGACCAAGGUGGCGGUCAUGUCGGAUGCCAUCUGGAGAUCUCCCUAG